AUGGAUCUCACACCACCCUCAUUAACAAGAUCUCCGGCGUCUUCAACUCACACCUACUGCCCGUCGGAAUCCUCCCUGGACUAUCCAUCACCAGAUCUCGCAACUCAGCAGUACAAGCUUGCUUCUUUGUACGCUGCUGGCCAACUCUGCUCUCUCGCACAAACACCUGACACCGAUUCCUCUUUGCCGCCUUUAGAUCCCACGACGACAGCUGACUGGACCUCGGCCAGCAUCAUGGCACCGGCCUCUUCUUCACUGUCCAUUCCAAACGUUCUGUCCUCAGAAUACGAUCCCUUUUCUGAGUAUGACCCGGCCCCGUACGGAUCUGAGACGUACCCCCCGCCACCCUCACAACCGUCAUCGGUUGUCAACCAACCGCAUACUCUCGCAGAUGUAACCGGACGCUCGCCAGCACCGUCUUCUUCAAGAAGCUCGUUCUCUUACCCGCACGGCGGCGGCCACCCCACAGGUCCCAGGAUCAAGAUGGAAAACACCAACGACUACGGAUCCGGAAUCGAUGUUUCCCAUUACCCGUCACCACGCUCGAUGCAAGUCCCGUACAUGACGGAGCCCAGCCAGUAUGCAAGCCCACAUCAGGCCUACCUGUCAGACACCAGCUCUCCUGCAUGGUCCAAGACAGAGCUGGAUGCCGAACAUUACUACCAACAUCAAACUCCAUUGGGGGAUUCGAGUGCAUCUGGCAGUCAUCAUGGCUCAAAGCGCGCGGAGAUCAAACCAACCCGGCCAAAGAGGUCGGCGCGGCGGAUGACGACCGUAGCGGACGCCAACUACCAAUGCGAGGUCAAGGGCUGCGGAAAACUGUUCAGUCGUAGUUACAACUACAAAGCCCACCUGGAGACGCAUGACGAGAAGAGAGAGUACCCAUUCCCCUGUCCAGUCGCCGACUGCAACAAGAAGUUCGUCCGGAAGACAGACCUUCAGAGGCACAACCAGAGCGUUCACAUGAAGGAGCGAAACCACAAGUGUGACUACUGUGGUCGUCUAUUUGCUCGCAAAGACACUCUCCGGAGACACAUGGAAGACGGGUGUUCCAAGCGAUUCGACGUGGGAACUUGUGACCUUCGCAUCGAUGGCUAUGAAGGGAUGAGCGUCAACCGUAACAUGGGAGGGUCUAUGCAUCCGAUGGGUCUAGGCCAAGGUACUCUGCCACCGAUCACGAUGCCCAUGGGCAACAACGGUGGUUUGCUGCAUCCGGUGGCCUCCUCUAGCAGGGGUAGAAGUGUCAUGUCCGGCACGAGCGACACCCACAGCGACCACUGGCCACGAUGA